UGUCUCUUAUGCGCUGCCAUGUCAGAGUGGUAAUCCCGCCCGUCCCCUAUUAACCCGGAUAAUCCGAAUAGCAUGCUUUCUUAUCUCUCUAUAAAAUCUCAAUCCUUCUCUUUACAACUUCUCUCUUUUUAGUUUUUGAGUUCGGUUUAUUGUUAUUAUUUGUCAAUUCUCUAUAUUUAUUUCAUUCCCCCCCUCGUGUCUUCGCCUUUUCUCUCUCUUUCUCGUAUCUAUCUUUGCUCCAUUUUCUCUGCUUUGCUAUACCAUAAUACCCCCUUCUAUCUCAUCCUCUCUCUGUCUAUAUUCACUACAUCUCUCAAUCUGUUACUCUUUAUAUUGUUCCACUUGGUUUUGAUUAUUUGAUCUCGAGGGAGGCUGUAAUUUGGAAAUUGGGGUUCUGUGAGUGAGUUUGUGAAUGAAGGAAUUUCACUUGAUUCUUUGAAGGGGAUAAGAUUGCAUAUUGGAAGCUUCACUGUUCUGUCUGUGACUUGACGUGAUUUCUGCUGUUAAUAGCCACAAUGUUAAUACUCAUUAUUAAAAAAGGAUGAAAGAUAUCAGUUCAUUGAAUACUAAAAUGAUUAACCGAAAUUGGGUCCUGAAGCUCAAACGAAGAAAGCUUCCAUGUGGUCCAUCCCUAGCCAAUGGUAAAGAAGAAGACUUAGCAUAAGAAUCUCCAAGGAGUUCUUUAGCUAAACGUAGGCUGAAAGGAGAAAAUAGCUCCAAUCAGCUAUCCAAAAAGAAGGGAAAUGAUGGAUACUACUAUGAAUGUGUUAUUUGUGAUCUUGGUGGCAACUUCUUGUGUUGUGAUAAUUGUUCCAGGACAUAUCAUCUACAAUGCCUUGAUCCACCUCUUAAGCGCAUCCCAAUGGGAAAGUGGCAAUGCCCAAAGUGCUGUAAGACAGAUCCACUCAAGCCCAUUACCCAUCUGGAUUCAAUUUCCAAACGAGCAAGAUCAAAAACUAUCAAGACAAAAGCUCAAUCUGGAAUAAAGUCAGCUGCUACUGACAAAGUGUCCCGAAUUUUCGGAACGUCCAUUAUUGCAAAGAAAAGAUCCACCUCCAGUAAAGGAAAAUCUGAUGUAGCUCAGGGAGUUGAUGAUUUGGAAAAGGAACCAAAAUCCUCUCUUAUAGAAGUACUUUCUAACCCAAGUCUUACAGCCCUUGGUGGUACUCAGGAAGGUAGUUCAUCUUGUGUGAAUGUUGAUGAUGGAAAUAAGCCUGUUGCAUCUCCAACAGGUACAUCUGCUGAAGGGAAGUUAACUCUUGUAGCUAGUGGCUCAUCAUGUGUGAAUAUAGAAGAUGGAGUGAAGCCUGUUGCAUCUCCAGCAGGUUCAUCUGUUGAACGAAAGUUAAUUCCUGCAGCUGGUGAGGUUUUGUCUCAUUCUAAAGGCACAAAUUUAGAGCAAAAUGAUUAAGCACCUGAACUG